UAAAUUUCCCAUUUUGCUUGCGGCUCCCCCUACUUCCGGUAGAUGUCAAAAUCUGUCUUUUCGUGUGCAUUUGUUAGAAAACGUGGAUUUCGGUCUCGGUUUUCGCUAAACGCGCCAUCAAAAUGAGGACCAUCAACACGAGUCAGUGUGUGAAGAUCCCGAAGGGUGUGACUGCCAGCGUGCACUCCCGCACUAUCAAAAUCACGGGACCUCGAGGAAAGCUUGAGCGGAGCUUCAAGCAUCUCGCUUUGGACAUUUACAUGGCCCACAAGCGGACUGUGAAGGUGGAGAAGUGGUUCGGCACGAAGAAGGAACUUGCCGCCGUCAGGACAGUGUGCUCGCACAUUGAGAACAUGAUCAAGGGCGUCACUCUGGGUUUCCAGUACAAAAUGCGUGCUGUGUAUGCUCACUUUCCCAUCAACUGCGUCACCUCCGAGGGAAACUCCGUGAUUGAGAUCAGGAACUUCCUGGGUGAGAAGUACAUCCGGAGGGUGAAGAUGUCCCCUGGCGUGACUGUGGUGAACUCAACCAAGCAGAAGGAUGAGCUGAUCCUCGAGGGAAAUGACAUUGAAGCCGUGUCCGGAUCAGCAGCGCUCAUCCAGCAAUCGACGACGGUGAAGAACAAGGAUAUCCGUAAAUUCUUGGAUGGUCUCUACGUCUCUGAGAAGACCACCGUUGUCCAGCAGGAAUAGAAGAAGAGGAAUAAAUGAUUUCCACUGCGAGAAUUUA